AUGCGCGAGGAGGCCACGGGCUUGCUCGGCGGGGACGGCGGCGACGCGGGCCUGGCCAGCGCCUCGGCGCAGGGGCAGGCGGAGACCGUGCGGCAGCUCCUGGAAGCCGGCGCGGAUCCCAACGGAGUCAACAGCUUCGGCAGGCGCCCGAUCCAGGUCAUGAUGAUGGGCAGCACCCGCGUGGCCCAGCUGCUGCUGCUCCACGGCGCCGACCCCAACUGUGCCGACCCCGCCACCCUCACCCGCCCUGUGCACGACGCGGCCCGGGAGGGCUUCCUGGACACGCUGGUGGUGCUGCACCGAGCCGGGGCGCGGCUGGACGUGCGCGAUGCCUGGGGCCGCCUGCCCGUGGACCUGGCUGAGGAGCGGGGCCACGGCGCUGUCGCCCGGUACCUGCGCGCAGCCGCGGGGGACUGA